GUUUACAACUGCUAUAAUGUAAGUGAGGGGAAAUAUGUUUGGAGGAACCCUAUCCAGAGUGUACCCCACCUUGUGCCCGAUGCUCCCUGGGAUAGGCUCCAGGUUCCCCGUGACCCAGUAGGAUAAGCGGUAUAGAAGACGGAUGUACUAAAUGUAACUAAAUGUAACUACAAACAUAAAAAGCAUAAUGUAUCAUUUAUUACUAAUUUUUUUUUUUUUAACAUUUACUGGAAAAUAAUGAAGGUUAGGUGGUAUGCAUGUUUCUUUAUCUUGCAUGCUUCAUUAGUCUUCUUGCAAUUGGUCAUGUCCUGCCAGCACUGCGUAUGUCAUGCAUGUAUUUUGCACCAUGGGUCUAUAGGAGAAACUUUAACAUCAUACCAAUCUGUUACUGUUUAUUUUCCUAUAAUAGUACCCCCUGUUAGUGUUUUAUUCCUUACAUACAGAGGAUACAAAAGAGGUUAGAGACAGUUUUUUCUUCACUCACCUGCAUGACUGAAGACAGUUGGAUUCCCUGAGCUUCACAUGUCCAGCUCUCAUCUCAGUGGUAUUUUUAGCUGUGAUUUAGCUGUGUGUGAGAGAGAGAGAUAGAGAGAGAGAGAGAGAGAGAGAGACAGACAGACAGACGGACAUUAUGAACUGGCUCGGAGCCAAACUGCACACUACUGCAGGUGUGUAACUGUUCAGGCAUACUAUUUAGUAACCUUGGGUAAUAUGCAGGUUUGGACCUAACCCUCCAAUCUCUCUGUGGGAACAGCAGCAGGGGGUCUUACUGGCUUUUAACUGGAGCACUGAAACCUGAGGAGCUUUAGUCAUGUCCUCUACCGGAGCUCUGGAGGCCGUGAAUAUCCCAUGGAGGAACAACAACUUCAGCCUGCUGAGUAAAGAUGCGCCGCUGUCCGACCAGGGAGACACGAUCAUCGGAGUUUACCUGCUGCUGCUCGGUUGGCUGUCAUGGUUUGGAAACAGUAUAGUGAUCUUUGUCCUGUUGAAGCAGAAGGCGACUCUGCAACCCACAGAUUACCUCACUCUUAACCUGGCCAUAUCAGACGCCAGCAUCUCAGUGUUCGGAUACUCCCGUGGCAUCCUCGAGAUCUUCAACGUGUUUCGGGAUAACGGAUACCUCAUCACAUCAGUGUGGACCUGCCAGGUGGAUGGCUUCUUUACUCUCCUCUUUGGCCUGGGUAGCAUUACCACUUUAAGUGCCAUCAGUGUCACCCGAUUCAUAAAGGGAUGUCACCCAAGCAAAGCUCACUGUAUCACAAACAACACUGUAGGUAUGAGUAUCCUGUUUAUAUGGAUUUCAGCUGUAUUCUGGUCUGCAGCUCCACUGGUGGGCUGGGGAAGUUAUACAGAUCGAGGGUAUGGUACCUGUGAGAUUGACUGGGCCAAAGCGAAUUACUCCACCAUUCACAAAUCCUACAUCAUCACCAUCCUGAUCCUUUGUUUCUUUGUUCCUGUGUUCAUCAUGCUGUUCUGCUACGUGUCCAUCAUCAACACUGUGAAGAGAGGCAACGCCAUGUCAGCAGACGGAGACUUGACUGACCGACAGAGAAAGAUUGAGAGAGAUGUUACUAUAGUUUCAGUAGUCGUCUGUACAGCAUUCGUCCUGGCUUGGUCUCCGUAUGCCGUGGUGUCCAUUUGGUCAGCAUGCGGCUUUCAUGUACCCAGUCUGACCAGCAUCUUCACCCGGCUCUUCGCCAAGUCUGCAAGCUUCUACAACCCACUCAUCUACUUCGGCCUCAGCUACAAAUUUCGCAAAGAUGUUGCUGGGCUCAUGCCAUGCACCCGGCAUCGCAAUGAUCCAGUCAAGCUCAAACGCUACACACACGUGAAGGCCAAAGGAGACGAGCAUCACAGGUACAGAGCUGAAGGACAUUACGAGUGCAUUCCUGCUCACCAACAGGCCAAGAAGGAGCCCCAGGCAAGAGGAAUUAACAUUGUACCCAGCCCUGACUCCGGUUUGUGCAGCCACCCCCGCACUCCUCCUCCAUUCACCAAGCAGGUGCAUUUCAUUCAGAUGCCCGAAACAUCUGAAUCCCUCGAGUACGAGUCUGACAGACUGUAGAAUGUGGUGAAUCAAUCUGUAACUAUUCUGUUUGGAAUUUGAAAACACAUGAAAAACAUGACCAGUAGAACUGGAAAGCUAUUUUUGUAU